AUGCCGUGUCCCAAGGCCCUCUGGUUCUUCAUCUUUGUCCUCCUCACCGCGAGCCUCGCAGCCCCUACGCCCAACCAUAAAGACGCUCCUCUGAAAUGCCAUCCCAACUCGUUCGCAGCGGUCCUCGGCACCCUUGCGAAAGACCCUGAUGGUGCUCUUCGUCUGGGCCCCGACGGCAUCUUGCGCAGUUUCGCCGUCAACGGCUCCGUCAUCGACUCCCGCAAUCUCUCCGCUUCGACGUUCCCCAGCUUCGCAUCCGAUACGGUGCUCCGCCGGCGCCGCGCCAACACGCAUCCGUCCCCGAUGACAACCGUUCCGCCACCUGGCAUCAGAUUCGGAGGCACCGGCCCAUCUCAGAUUGACCCUGAGAUGCUCGGCGAGUGUAGCCCGCCGCUUGCGUGUCACAACAGCACGAGCUGCGGGGGCGGCUGCGGUUCGUGUACGUAUCUGGGGUUCUUUCCCUACGGCUUAUGCCUAGCUGGAUGA